AAGCAAAAAUAGUCGGGCCUGAAAUGUUGGACCAUCUAGAAUGAGAAAUUAGUAUUUCUGGUCGACUAAAGUGAUUUACACGUGUUUGGUUUAUGUGGAAUGUUCGGAAUGUUCUUUUGAUCGGUUUAAUUGAUUUUGCUGCUACGUUUUUGAUUGCGAGUUGUCAAUCAAAUUAAUUAGUCCGGAAUUACAUGUUUUGCAACAAAUUAUGGUGAAUUGAAAUUUAUUGCUCGUCUUCAUUUGACCUACUAAUUAACUUGGAAUCGGAGCCGAGCAACGAUGCCGGGCGUUGUAUUUGUAAUCGUUGUGCCGACAUCGAAUUUCGAACAAGAUCUUCUCAAUGAAAUGCCGCCGGCUAUUGCAACCAAUCUGCAUCAUACGAUCGGUGGUAAUAAUUUGAAUAUAAAUUUACCGGAUAAUAAUGCAGUGUUAAGACUUGAAGUUGAAUUACGAGAUAAACAUGUACGUCGACGACCGAAUAAUCGUCAUAAAGCAUUUGCCGGAGAUGGUCGUAACCGAGCUGCAUCACCUGUUGGCGGUGCGGUCCAUCAAACACCACCGAACCCAAACAAUUUUUUCAUUCCAAUGGAAAAAGUGCUAGAAGAGCUGCUCACGAAACUCGAAAUCGAACAUGUUACAUGGACCAGUGAUAAAAAGGGAUAUUACUAUACCAUUAUAUUUCCAUUAGAAUCGGGCGAAUCAUGUGAGACUACGCUUCAUUGUUUAACGCAGUUAGGAAUUGGACUGAAAUUCGGUUCGAGCGUAAGUGUAUUACCAUGCAGCGUAUCGUACGAUGCAAUCAGGGAGAGCAGCUUUGAAGAUGAAGUACGUGAUGCGGAGGCGGAUUCCAAAUGGCACAAUUUCGUCGAGUCAAUCAAGUCAAAAUUGACGGUGAAGCAAGUGGUCGAUGGUGUUCGAUCGGGUGGACAAGUGUCCUUUGACUAUCUCUUGUUGAUUGUCACAGCUGAUUCACUGGCUGCAUUGGGACUAAUUGAAAACAAUGCACCGAACAUCACCGCCGCAAUGUUGGUGUCACCGUUGAUGGGUCCGGUCAUGUCAAUUACAUUUGGUACUAUAAUUUCGGAUUGCAAGCUUGUGAAAAGCGGUUUCAUUGCUCUGGGCACAGGAAUGCUGAUUUCUUUGAUAUUUGGAUUUAUAUUUGGUUUAAUUGUCGGCGCAACUGAACAGCCAUGGGGUCUCAAUGACUGGCCGACCGAAGAGAUGAAAGGACGUGGAAAUGCUCGUUCAUUGUGGAUGGGUGUCGCAUGGGCAUUGACAUCCGGCUCAGGUGUGGCGGUAGCACUGUUGUUGGGUGCAUCUGGCCCUUUGAUCGGUGUUGCAAUUUCUGCAUCUCUACUGCCACCGGUCGUCAAUUGUGGACUAUACUGGGCACUGGCGUGCACUUGGAUGAUCUACCAUGAUCGAGGCCAAAAUGUGAAAAUACCUCAUAUGAAAGGCGAACCAUACACCGGAAAUUCAUCUUACGUGCCGCUCUAUACAAAUUAUAUACCGACCGAGUUUCUGAUUAGUGGCAUCGUUUCGGGUUUGCUAACCGUUGUGAACGUGAUAUGCAUUUUUAUCACCGCCAUCAUUGUGCUAAAAAUCAAAGAAGUCGCUGCACCAUACACGUCCAGCCCCGAUUUGAGACGAUUUUGGGAGACGGAUAUAAAAACCGUGAGAGAAUCAAAUAGGUCAACAAUACGGCGCAAAUAUGGGAACAACACUGGUGCAGCAACCAAGCCAACAUUGGACAACAUUCUGGAGACGGAUCCACAGAAUGGAACUGCAUUGGAGCAAGCGAUCAAAGAAGCUGUUGACGAUGAAACAUUCCGUAAAGUGAAACGUAUGAGCUACUCGGGUGGUUCAGCUGGUGAAAUUACGAAGCGCUUAGGUCUAUCGUCGAAUGGCAAAAGUGGCAACGGGGACAACAGUGUAUCAACAGCCAGCGCCAUUCGAAAUUCCAAAAUAAAUGCGGAUUUAAACGUUUUGGAUCAAUUGGUAUCGUCGUUGCUUGAACGACAAAAGCAAUCAUCACCACCCGUGUCGAGCAACAGAGAGUCGACCAAGUUAAGCCGCUUGAAAUCGUUGUCAUUCCGAAAUCGGCGCUCAUCGAACAAAGGAAUACCGUCGACAGCUAAUGAAUUGAAUCUGUUUUCGAGCAACAGCGGCAGCAAUGGCAACACCAAUGCUUUUAUUCAAGCAGCCACAGCAAUGCCAACCAUAUCAGAGAGCAGUCACAGCAACGUGAUGCCCCUUACACCACCGUCGCAACCACAACAAUCGUCAUCUGCAAUGAAUUCGUCAAGCUUGGAUCGACGGCACGGAUCAUCAGGUGUACGACAAAUUAUAAAUACCAUCAAAAAUGCACCGCAUCGCUUGAGUCAGGGCAUUUCAAUUGAUCAUCAUCGUUUGAAUGACGAAGAAAGCAGCAAUUUAACACGAAAUAUGCUCGACUAAAUUCGAGAGCAAUUUUUGGAAAUCAAUUUUAUCAACUAUGGAUGCACAAGUGUACACUGCAUAUGUUCAACCUAUAUAUGUGUACGGAACAAUACGGAAAUACCAAUAAUAAUCGACACGAAAAUGUGUAGUGGUUUGAUGGAGUAGUUAGAAUUUAAGUGGAAUUUUGUUUAGCUUCAUUUUAUCGAGAACAGUAAAUGUGAUUUAUUUAGAAGCGAAGUAACAAA